GGGUUAUCAUGGAGGAAGAGAAGAGACCAGAGGAGACGGAACCAGAAAAGCAGCCGAUGGCAGCUAAGAAAGCCGCAUCUAAGAAAAAGAACAAAGAGUGUGCUUUAUGUAGAUGUCCCCUGGCCUCGUCAUAUAGUAAAAGGUUAUGCCAGGACUGUAUUGAAAAGACCCUGGCGGAGGAAUCCCCCAACCUUAUGCGAGACAUUAGGAGUCUCAUUAAAACAGAAGUUAAGGAAUCCCUUAAGACGUCAAAGAAAUCUAAGAAGGUGGUAGAUAAAACAGAUUCAGAACCGGAUUCGGUUAGCGAAGAAGAUAGAGAUGACCGGUCCGAGGAUUCAUCAUUUGCGGAGGAAGAACAGGAGAAAAGAUUCAUGUUCCCAGUGUCGGAUACAGAGAAAUUAUUAAAAACGAUUAGGGCCACUUUAGAGCUGGAGGAUAUCAGGGAAGAUAGGUCCGUUGCAGAUGCAGUCUUUGAGGGAUUGCGAGAAAAGAAGAGGAGAUGUUUUCCAUUGCAUAAAAGCAUAUCGGCCCUAAUAGAAAGGGAGUGGAAAAAGCCGGAUAAGAAGGCCUUUGUUAGUAAAAAUUUUAAAAGGAAAUACCCAUUCGAGGAAGAGGCUUCCACUUCAUGGGAUAAAGCGCCAAAGCUGGACGUGGCCAUUUCCAAGGUGUCCAGGAAAUCUUCAUUGCCGUUUGAUGACAUGGGUUUUUUGAAGGAUCCGUUAGACAAAAAAAUCGACUCUUGCCUAAGGAAUACUUGGGAAGCAUCCACUGCCUCCUUUAGGCCCAACAUUGCAGCAACAGUUACUGCCAGAUCCCUAGCUUUAUGGUUAGAGAGGUUAGAAGGUCAGUUGAGGGAUAAAUGCCCCAGAGACCAGAUUUUAAACUCUCUACCGACCCUUCAGAAGGCUGUAGAUUUCCUAUCAGACGCCUCGGUGGAGGCAGUUCGUUUAGCAGCCAGGUCUGCGUCCACCUCUAAUUCCGCCCGUAGGGCCCUUUGGCUAAAAAACUGGAGGGGGGGCGACAUGGCCUCAAAGCAGCGCUUAUGUGGCAUCCCCUGUCAGGGACAGUUUUUAUUCGGGCCUGAAUUAGAUGCCCUUCUGGAGAAGGCGGCUGAUAGGAAAAAGAGAAUGCCUCAGGAGUCCUCUUUUUCCCAGUUUCGGCCCUAUAGACGUCCCUUUCAGUACGGCCCCAGAUCUCAGGGGAGAAGACAGCUGGGAGAUAGAGAUCAGUUUCCCAGGCCCAGGGGUUCAGGGAACAGAGGUUUCAUGUUUGGAGGUUCCUCUUCUUCCCAGAAGGAUAAACCUUCAAAGAAAUGA